GAGCAAAGUUCAGCAGCUGAACUCUCAGCUGCAGGAAGCUGAAGGACAGGAAGCUGAGAUCUGUGACCUGCAGCAGCACAACCAGGCGCUGGCUCGCUCCCAGAAGGACCUGCUGGAGACCAACCAGAGGCUGAGGGACACGCUGGACAGGGUCCGAGACCAGCUGAGGACCGACAGGAGCCAGGCAGAGAGGAGCCAGCACGAGGCUGAGAGGCUGCUGGAGGCUCGUCAGGUGGAGUGGUUGGAGGAGAAGCAGCAGCUGCAG